AUGGCCAAUAUCGACGCUGAGGAGCAGCAGUACCAAAACGAGGUUGAGGAGGUCAAGAAGUGGUGGACUGAUUCACGAUGGAGGUACACGCGGAGACCAUUCACAGCCGAACAAAUUGUUUCGAAGAGAGGAACUCUGAAGCUCCAAUAUCCAAGCAAUGCGCAGGCGAAGAAGCUGUGGAACAUUGUGGAGGGGAGGUUCAAGAACAGCGAUGUGAGCUUCACAUACGGCUGCCUUGACCCCGUCAUGGUCACCCAGAUGGCGAAGUACCUGGACACCGUUUACGUCUCCGGCUGGCAAUGCUCCUCCACAGCUUCGUCGACAGAUGAGCCAGGCCCAGAUCUCGCGGACUACCCAAUGACUACCGUCCCAAACAAAGUACAGCACCUCUUCAUGGCACAGCUUUUCCACGACCGCAAGCAGCGAGAAGAGCGCCUCACUACGCCUAAAGCCGACCGUGCGAACGCUCCUAAUGUCGACUACCUCCGACCGAUUAUCGCCGAUGCGGAUACUGGACACGGAGGUCUUACUGCCAUCAUGAAGCUCACAAAGUUGUUCGUGGAGAAGGGUGCGGCCGGUAUUCACAUUGAGGAUCAGGCCCCGGGAACAAAGAAGUGUGGACACAUGGCUGGCAAGGUGCUGGUGCCGAUCAGCGAGCACAUCAACCGCUUGGUUGCUAUUCGAGCACAGGCUGACAUUAUGGGAGUUGACCUCCUUGCCGUCGCCCGUACCGACUCCGAAGCCGCUACCCUCAUCACCUCUACCAUCGACCCUCGCGACCACCAUUACAUCAUGGGCUGCACAAACCCUAACCUCCAGCCCCUCGGCGAGCUCAUGUACGCUGCCGAGCAAGCCGGUAAGAACGGCAACGAGCUCCAGGCCAUUGAAGAUGCCUGGACUAAGGAAGCCAACCUGAAGCUCUUCCACGAAGCCGUCAUUGACACCAUCAACGCUGGCGUGCAUGUGAACAAGCAGGGCCUCAUUAAUGAAUUCCUGGAGAAGAGCAAAGGGAAGAGCAACUCCGAGGCCCGAGCCAUCGCGAAAGGCUUGACCGGCGUUGACGUCUUCUUUGACUGGGAUUCUGCGAGGACACGCGAGGGUUACUACAGGUACCAGGGUGGCUGCCAAUGCGCCAUCAACCGCGCGAUUGCGUAUGCCCCGUACGCAGAUAUGAUCUGGAUGGAGUCGAAGCUUCCCGACUUCGCUCAGGCAAAGGAAUUCGCCGAGGGUGUGCACGCUGUGUGGCCAGAGCAGAAACUUGCCUACAAUCUCUCACCCUCCUUCAACUGGAAAGCCGCCAUGUCCCGCGACGAGCAAGAAACCUACAUCAAACGUCUCGCCCAGCUCGGCUACUGCUGGCAGUUCAUCACGCUCGCAGGCCUGCACCAGACCGCGCUCAUGGCUGAUACCUUCUCUAAGGCAUACGCCAAGCAGGGUAUGCGUGCGUAUGGCGAGAUCAUCCAAGAGCCGGAGGCGGAGAACAAGGUCGAUGUGCUCACGCAUCAGAAGUGGAGCGGAGCGAACUAUAUUGAUAAUAUGCUGAAGAUGGUUAGCGGCGGUGUGAGCUCGACGGCGGCGAUGGGCAAGGGCGUCACCGAGGACCAGUUCAAAUAG